AUGCAAGGGAAAUAUGAUAGUAGAAUUCCAAUAUCAGAUGGAUGCUUUAGUUAUAUAGUGGCCCACUCUGAAACCACUUUCGAUUUGCAUGGCAGAAAGUUAAAACCAACUAAAGGCGAAAAAAUGGAAUUCGCCGAUGUAGCUAAGGAAUUGGGAAAGGAACUAGAUUUAUACCAUUAUUUUGAAAAAAUUAUUAUUGGCCUCUAUGCCCGAUUUAUCAUAUAUCAUAAGAAACCAAGUCAUGGCUUGAGGGAUUCAUAA